CUUCCAGUCCGCUACCGAUAAAAAUAAGUGUGGCAGUUGAUAUAGUAGAACGUGGAGGGUUUUAGUUACCCAAAAUCUCUCUUUCAAAUGGGCCCCGUCGCCUAGCGUUUACUCCCCCUGAGCCUCGCCGACUGAAUUGAGUUGCUUAUCCAACACCAAUAGACUACUUAAAAAAGGUGAUGUUUUUCAUCUACGCACAGCUGACUAAAGGAGAUUGGAAGAAUGGCAGCGAUUCCAUCAGGCGGCUCACUUGUUGCUACCCAUGAUUACUACAGAAGGCGCAUCGGGUCCACUUCCAGCGGCAGCUCCUGCGGCAGCUCAGAGCACACUGGCGAGGUCAUUCCACACCAUCCAGGAUUGCCCAAGCAAGAUUCUGGGCACUGGUGGUCUAGUUUCUUCUUUGGGAAACACAACCAGCCUGGGACAACUGCUUUGACUGAAGCCCAACAGAAGGCGGGAGUGUACAGUGUGACCAAUGGCCAGGUGACCUGCGUUGCCAAGGAGAUGGCACUGAAGAAUCCGCUCCGUGAGAGUAGCGAGUCUGGGAAGGCUGAGGCAAGCAACCCCCCACCCUCCUGAACUCGGGUCGAAGACCAACGCUAGGCGAUGGAGGCGACUCCAGUUUUUACCUUUAGUACAGGCCUCUGAAUUUAUUAUUAUUGUGUUUUGUUUUGUACUAUUUUUAUUCAUGACUUUAAACAAAGUGUCAAAAAAUAAAUAAAUUAAAAAUUAAAAAUAAAAUUCCCAUAUAACACCUUAAUGGAUAUGUUAUCUGUUUUCAUAUUUUCACUUGUCAUCCCAAACUGACCAGUGAAUAAAGUUAUCUUAAACAGCUUA